AUGACACACAGUGCACAUCUCUUAUCAGGCAUUGCAUCCCGGGCAUUCCUCCUCGGUAUCCUCUGCGCCAUAUGCUCAACAACUGCAGUUUUGCUAGGUAUUCAGGACUGUCAAUGGUGGAGACUACCAAACUCUUCAAGUAUAGAUAUCGAGAGCUUCCUUCUGUCGACUCAUGCCUACAUGUUCGCACAUCUCUGCGCGCUUUCGGAAAUUCACGCUCGAUUCAUCAUACCGCACACGAUUGUUGGAGGCGCUCUUAUGACCAUCUUGGGUCAGGUCAUACGUACAUCUGCUAUGAUGCAGGCUGGACCUAGCUUCAACCACCAGAUUGAGAGUCGAGGUAGAGAAGAUCACGAACUGAUCACUACUGGUCUAUAUUCCUGGUCACGUCAUCCCAGCUAUAUUGGCUUGUAUCUUCUUUUUGUUGGCACGCAAUUCAUGGUUGGGAACAAGUUUGCAGCGUUGUUUCUUGCGUAUGUUCUUUGGAAUCUUCCUUCCGUCGAAGAAGACUGUUUGGUAAAUAUCUUUGGACUUGAAUAUCAUGCAUACACAAAGCAGGUUUCCGGUUGUCCUUUCGUCUAG